AAUCCGAUCCCAUCUGCCGUUCGCGUCGGCUACUUGCUACUCUUACGGAGGACCCAACUGCAAUUAUUCAUUUUUAUUUUUCUAAGAAGUAAAGGUAAGCGAGGCAUCUUUUGUUUUUCUUCAUAAAAAAAGACUGAACGGAAGACUCGGCAGGAGUGAAUGAUACAGGUGCAGUUGCUUCUGCCGUCUCUUGGACUAAAACCCUGCCGGAGGUGGUUGAUUUCACAUUCUUUUAAAGGGUUCCGACAGAUCUCCGCCACCGCCAAGAUGUCAACGGAGAGUUAUGCCUUCGGGUCGUAUUCCAUAAGUUGUAGAGAAGUGUUCUACACCACCCCUCUUUCGUUUGCCUUCGUCAACCUCCGCCCUGUUGUUCCUGGUAUUAAAGAUUCUUCCUUUCCCUUUUGUAUUAUCAAUUUUCUUGCUUUGGGUUUUCCUCAGAAAAAAAAAAAAUUUUUUUCUUGCUUUGGGUUUUCCUCAGAAAAAAAAAAAAUUUUUUUUCUUGCUUUGGGGGUGUCUAAACCUCCGCACUCUUUCAUUCAGUUUGACAUUGCAAUCGGUAUUUUCUUAGAACCUUAUGAUCUGCUUAGAGAAGAAAGCCCUUCUUGCCUCCCCUUUAGAUGUGUAUGUGGUUGACUUGUUAUGAAUCCAUGAAAAAGGAUUCGACUUUGUUUUUAAUUUAUUAUUAUUGUUAGAUUAGUCUCUUUCCCAAUUAUAUAUGUCUGUUGUUCUUUUCGUCUGUUUCUCUUUCGUCUAACAUCUUAAUAUGUUCUGAUUAUGGUGUUCCUUGUUCAUUGCAGGUCAUAUCCUGUUUUUCAUUCAAAAUUAGAAUGAUACAUUCUGUGAAUGAUUCAGUCAUAUAUUUGUUAUGUAGUUAUGACCAAAAUUAAACUGGGUAACUUCCUUUUGUUGCCUUUAGUUUAGUUGAAAACAAGGUGCAGUUUUGUUAGUUUGCAACAUGUUAUAGACAGAGAUAUGUAAGCAUCCUGCUGCUGCUGAAGUAAUUUUCAACUGUAUCUACUAGUUUAAACGGUUGAGUUCUACUAUUGAAAUAUGACUG